UGUCUCACUUAACAGCACAAAUUUUGGACUCAAUUGGUAGGUUGAGGACCACCUGUACUACAUUGAUAGAGCUCUUCCAGGGUAUUUGGGGUGCCUUGCCUCACUGGCUCAUUUAUCUCUUAGUUCAUGAGCAAACCCUUCCUUGAACUGGCCAAUUAGAGCGAUUAAGUCAUUCCACCCUACGAAACUCUGAAAGAUAUCCCCUUAAUCCCUUCUUGAGUUUCCAAAUCUCUUGACUAACUAUAAUUCUCGGUAUGGGAUCUCCAAAGCAUGCUUUUGAGUUUACGCACAAAAUUGUCCAGCACUGGAUCAUUCCCCUUUAAUGAACAGUACUGCCCAUUUAACUGUUGCUUCCUUCAGCAGGCUCAGCACAAAAGUCACUCCACCAGUCUGCUGACCAUAAAUAUUUCAUUCUGAGAGAUGAAUGUCUGGAAUUGAUCCUGGUUCCCCCAAACAUCUCUGGCAAGCUGUCAUAGAAACACAGAAGCAUUGGUUGAGCUUCUGUCUGUUGCACUGCUCCGGGUUGAGACAUAUUUUGCCCCAGUUGCUGUGUUAGUUGUAUUAUGGCAUUCUAUCAAUUGUCAUCUGGGCAUCUAUUUGCUGUUGCUAUUGUAACAACUCAGCUGACAGAUGCCCAGGGGUUAACAGGAUUCCUUGAGGAUCAGAGGCCAUUCUUGAAGUUCUUCUCUUCGGAAGAGAGUAAUAAACAUGAUCGCCAACGUCCGAUAAAGGAUAUGGCACAAGAAGAAGAAAAAGAAGAAUAAACUUACAAGACUGAUAUCAGCCCUCCCAGAUGUGUGACCUUAAUUUCCCAGUCAGCAUGGUCAUCCUCGAAAAUUCUGGGAGCUGAAGUCCACUUAUCUAGCGUGUCCACAGACAAGGGUUUCCUCUUAGAUCUCCAGGAGAAAUUGGAGAAUUUUUAAACAGAUUGGAGAACUUGAUUCAAAAGAAAUACAUUAUCAGGUUUCGCUGGUAUGGGUAAUCUUCUUAAAGUCCUUACCAGAGAAAUUGAAAACUACCCACAUUUUUUCCUGGAUUUUGAAAAAAACAAAUGGGAAAUCUUUUAAAAGUUCUCACUUGUACAGACUUUGAUCAAGGCCCCCUUUUUUUCCUAGACUUUGAAAAUGCUCAGCCAACUGAUGGAGAAAGGGAAAUAUGGAACCAAGUCAACGCUGUUUUACAGGACUCAGAAAGUAUGCUUUCAGACCUGCAGUCUUACAAAGGAGCUGGACAAGAGAUUAGAGAUGCAAUACAAAACCCGAAUGAUAUUCAGCUGCAGGAAAGAGCAUGGAAUUCAGUCUGCCCUCUGGUUGUGAGGUUAAAGCGGUUCUAUGAAUUUUCUCUCAGACUAGAAAAAGCAUUGCAGAGCUUAUUAGAAUCCCUGACUUGUCCACCCUACACACCAACUCAACACUUAGAGCGAGAGCAAGCCCUAGCAAAGCAGUUUGCAGAGAUCUUGCAUUUUACUCUCCGCUUUGAUGAACUUAAGAUGAGAAACCCAGCAAUUCAAAACGACUUUAGCUAUUAUAGAAGGACAUUAAGUCGCAACAGAAUAAACAACAUGCAUCUUGACAUUGAGAGUGAAGUGAACAAUGAGAUGGCUAACAGAAUGUCACUGUUCUACGCAGAAGCUACACCGGUUCUGAAAACGCUGAGUAAUGCUACCACCCAUUUUGUUGUAGAAAAUAAAACGUUGCCAAUUGAGAACACAACAGAUUGUCUAAGUACGAUGGCCAGUGUAUGUAAAGUCAUGCUGGAAACACCAGAAUAUAGAAGUAGAUUCACCAGUGAAGAAACCCUCAUGUUCUGCAUGAGAGUAAUGGUUGGGGUAAUUAUUCUCUACGACCACGUUCAUCCAGUGGGAGCUUUCUCAAAGGCUUCAAAAAUAGAUAUGAAGGGUUGCAUAAAGGUUUUAAGAGAACAGCCACCAGACACCGUUGAAGGGCUUUUGAAUGCACUCAGGUUCACCACAAAACACCUGAAUGAUGAAUCCACUUCAAAGCAAGUUCGAGCGAUGCUUCAGUAAAGCCCCCCUUUGAGAAAUGGACUUUUAAAUUAUUUAGAGAAGAUGUUUGUUUACAUAAUUUAAUAGUUUGUGGUGGUGUUAGUAAAGAUGCAUAAUUUACAUGAUAUAACAAUUGAUUUCUUCCUGUUGCUGCAGUGUGUGUGUGGAUUGGUAUCAAUAACAUGACUGACUUCAUAAUGCACGACAUCCGUUUAUGUGCUUGUAUUACCAUUCAAAAAGUUUAAGAGGUACCUUUUAAUUUGAAUAUAUAAAUAAUGAAAGUGUCUACGUGCCUUUGUUUUUUGUUAUGUUAGAUGCUUAUGUUUUGGGGAGAAGUGGAUUUUUUUUUUUUUUUUUUUUUUUGUGGAUGUAUGCAGAGUAACUCUUUGGGAUAAUCUCUAAACAGUCAUAGCUUUUGACUGUGCCUGUGAAGAUCUUGGUGCAAACCCCACCCUCUCGGUCUCCACAUCCACUUAACUUUUGCAACACCAAGUGCAUAUGUUGUGUGGAGCAACGCAGUUAGCCAGUUCUUUCUGAGACUGGUAACUUAUUUUCUAACAAAUUUAUUAGGGUUUUCACCAAGGCCUGCACAUGUAUAUACAAUAAUUUUGUUAAGUUUUUAAAUUUAUAUGCAUAAUGCUUGCCUUGUGCCUUUAGGCAGAUAAGUGAGCUAUGAAUUUUGGAUGUAAACCAAUGCCAGCCGAGUUUUGAUGUACAACUCUCAGCUUAUUAAGCCAAGAUAGAAUAUGUGUAAGACUUGCACCCUUGCAUUCUCUCAUUACAUUAUCUUCUCUUUUUUCAUUGUGAACCAUAAUCAGUGCUUCAGGGAUUAAUUGGCCAUAGUUUCUUCUUAUGUCCAAACCUGGACAUUUUCCUUCCUAUUAUCAGAAGAAGCCCCAAUCUUAAAAAAGACUUCCAAUUGGAGGAGAGAAGGAGCAGUGCAAGGACAUAUAUGCAGCACAAGUCUUAUGCAUCUCUUGACUCAUUAAGGCAAGAUAGAUGUACAUUCAAACCAGGCCAGAAUGGAGGACUGUGCAGAAACCUAAUGAGAGACAAUGCUGUUGUAUAUAGUAUUGCCUGCGUGUAUGUAUGCUUGUGACCAUACCAAUAGCAGCACUGAGUCGCUUUGUGGUAUAAGGCACUUUUUUGUUGCUUUCUUCUUCAUACUUCUAUCUUGAAAAAUUGAAACAUGACCUAUCACAAUGAUUCCUUAACCACGAACAGCAUUUUGGUAUUAAUAUCUGUGCCAUGUUUUAUUUAGACCUUCCUUAAGGCCUAGUUCUUUGUAUAACAUCCAAUAAACUCACUAAGAAAAUGGGGGGGGACUCUAAGAAGCUUUUAUUUUUGACAUCAGUUUUAAAGAUGUAUUUAAUAGGUGUUUCACAACUCAAGCAACUUGAAAUUGUAAUUCAGUUAUCUCUGUUAACUGUGUUGUGCAUUCUAAUGCUGAAAGUGAAGUGGCUCUCCUCCACGCUACUUACUAUGAGCCACAUAGUAAGAUGUUUUUUAAUAUAAAAAAAAAAUAAUUUUAUGUGUGACAUUGGAAGAGAACUUAGGUAGAAAGAGAUUCUCUCAUGAAACCUGGUUUGGCAUGAUUAACUCUUAAUAUAUCUAUUCCUAGGAAUACAACUUGUAAAAUUAAAAUGUUUGCCUUUUCUGAGCAACUUCAUAUCUGAUAGUUUGCUGAUAUUGCUGGAACUGUUAUGAUUGUUUCCUUUCACAGAUUCUAUUUAUAUAUAAUAGAAAGAAAUACUUCUGAAAAAUAAAUGUGAGUUUACCCUCCGGGGAGGCCAAAUCAUGCUAUCUAAACAACAGUCAAUAGUUUUUAAUGACACUGCAGUUGCUGCCAAUUUCCCUAGAUAGUUUUAUGUUACCCAACACUAGUGAUUUGGGAAUAUAGCUCUUGGUAGUCACAGAUUUCCUUAAAUUCAGAUUGUAUAACUCAAAACACUUGGCAUAGCAUUGUGUUGAUUUUUGCAUAUUAAUCAGUUUGAACUAGUUAGUAUCUUUAAAUGUGGUGCUAGAAUCUUGCUGGAACUACCUUUGUUUUAAUUCAUAUUGCAGUCCUUAGACAAGGAACUUUUUGCCUGUUCCUCUUUUGAAUGUUUUUUCUAAAUGAUGAGCUGCAGCUGUGAAAUGCUCAGCUUGUAAGAUUUCUCAGAAAACACAUUCACUUUGUACAGUAUACAGAAUAUGGUAUUCAUAUAUUUAAAUCAGUUGAUUUAAAUGUAUGUCUAAGUUGGACUAAAUUUGUGCAGAUUAGCUAAAAUCAAUAUUUGUAUGUUUGUAGAAACUCGGAACAUUAGGAGAUAAAAGGAUCUAAAUUGGAAACAUCACUUUCUUGGUACAAAUUUAGAAAUCAGGAACAAGAGCAGUUCUGGCAAUAUUGGUUUGAGCUCAUACGGUUAUGCUACUUAGGGUGCCGGCCUUGUUGAAAGUUGUUUAAGACAGGUGGAAAUUCUCUAUUUUUAUAUCUUUUAUUGAGUUUAGAAGUUUAUUGUGUAGAUUUGAAAUCCUUACCACUGCCACUUUGUGACGCAAAUAACCGGGAGCAUUUGUUGAGUUCAAAGCACAGAAGAAUUUAUUAUUGCUCCCUAUACAUAAGAAUCUAGUCAACUAAUGGUCGAAGCUAAAUUGGCACUAGACAAUGGAAUUCAUGGGGGGAGGGGGAGCAGAAAUUGGAUCUCUUGUGGUAACAAAAUGACUCCAAACUGAUUACACAUUUAACUCCGCCUUCUAGCUCAACCUGCUCUUCUUCAACAUCUAGGCAAGCAAUUCAUGAAUGAAGAAUCUCAGCGUGUCAGCUUCAGAUAUUGCCAAACUACAUCUUGCAGUAGGUUCAGCUAGCUUGGCCAAAGUAAUGUCAAAAAAAAUUAUCUCAUCACCAUUCAGUUGGCUCUGAAUGCACCCCAUUUUCCACCUACUUAAUGCUAGGAGGAAAAUAGACAAUUGUAGCAGUGACUUGUUGAGCAUAUAUAGUUUUUCUCCCCUUUCUAUUUGUGGAAGUUUGGAUUUGACAGUUUUAUCAAAAAGUAAUUUUAUUAGAUUUCAAAAAUUCCUUGCACGUUUUAUCACAGAGUAUAGGCUUGAUGAAAUAUUUUCCUAUUGUGCAAUCAAGCUAAUAUAUUGAAGUAUUCAUACAGAAAUCAAACUAGAUCAAUAUGAUUAAAAUAAUUCAGUUAUAAGUAUAGCCUGAUGCAUUAAACAGAGAUAUCCAACCUUGGCAACUUUAACACUACCCUCUUUCUGAUAAUUGUUCAUAUGCCCAAACAUGUGCAUAGCACACAUGUGCAAGGCAGGGAGUUUUUAUGACUAGAAUCAACUAGGAAAUGAACUGGAUACAGCUGUCCUGGCUGUUUAUUGGAUAGCAAAAAAAAAAAAAAAAAAAAUUCUUGUCAGGUCACUGCAGAAUUGCCUCUGAAGAAAUAUUCACAGAAGAGCUGGUGAUUUCAGUUUCAUGAAAACCCACUAGCAAUUUCUAUUCUGCAGCAAAAAAAGGUGCUGGGAUUAAUUCUCAGCAGCACGUAAAGAGCCAAGAGUUCACCACCUCUGGUUUAGAAGAACAUAUCAUCCGGAUGGUUAUUUUUACAUAGAAAUAGUCCACUCCAUGAAGUGACCCUUGCUUCUUAGGGCAAAUGCUUGAUCUGUUUCGUAAUGUAUCAGAGACUGAGUUCUUCAUUCUUUGCCUCUGUCCCCAUUUUAAGUAGACAAUCCCUCUUUUUCUAUUUUCCUUGUGUUGUAUGUAUGGGCAAAGAAAGGUCGUUAUUGCACCAUCUAAAUGACUGUGUUGUAUUCACAUGGAACUAGUUACCCCAGAGCUUAAUCGAGAAGAGAAGAUGGUGUCAUCUAAAAAACAACAACCAAACCCAGGAUCCAUUCGUAGCAGAUUCACUGCUCAAGUGAGGAACACCUAUACUAGCUUCAGAGUAAUAUAUUUCCUGCCAUUGGAAAAGCAACAGUCCAUACAGAUCUCUACAAUAGAGUGAUGCACUUCAUUACCUUUAUUCAUAAUGGAAUAUUUAGAUUUUACUGUACUGUAGAAUUAAUGUUUUAACAAUGGAGUUCUGUUAAAAAAAAACCAAAAGAAUAAUUAUUUGCCUUCUGUAUAAUAAUAAUAAUAAAAAAUCAAAAGCCAA